AUGACACACACACUAACUGAGGAAGACGGUACGAGCAGUGGUGAAAAUGCGGUAUCCGCUGAGAACCGCCGUCCUGGCCCGCAAUCGACGUCAACCCCUACUCAGAAUUACCAGCAACACGUGGAAAAACCGCCUCCAUUGAAUCCCCGGGCUGCCCAACCGCAUUAUCACGGAAGAGGCCACCGGGACCCGUCUGCUGCAGUGAGACCCGAUUCGUCCCUGGCUCGUGGCACCCAGCUUCAGUUGUCGAUGCCGGAGCGGAGCCACAAUGCGCCGCCCAAUGUGGUGCACGUGAGGUCUCAGUCACACUCGAACCCGCCGCCUCAUAAGACGCCGACCGACCAUCACAUGCAGAAUGGACACGACGCUGAUACUCACAGUCCGACGCCGCCGGCGAUUUCCCCGAUCAAGGCGCCGAAGGACAAGAAGAAGGGCAGCUUCUUCAAGGGACUUGGAACCAUGUUCAGUAUAAAGGAAAGUCCAGCAAAUGUGUCAGAUUAUGGCGAAAUUCAUUGGUGGGUGAUUCGGCAAACAUCGAUUCUAAUGAAGAAUCAGCAGAAUCUUCAGAAUGGCAUUCCUCCUCCGCCCAUGAGAACCCAAAGCCGCCAAGCUGCUGGAAAUCACGUGGAAAACCCAAAACGUGUUGACAUGAAUGGAGACUACUUGGCGAACUGUACUCCCGCCGGUAAUUACGAGGACAUGUCACGACCAGGAUGUCGUUCUGGCUUCGUUGAUCCGUCCAGGUACUCCCAUUAUGAAAACUAUUCGGAAAUCCAGCAGCAUUUAAGUGGGCGCAUCAUUGUCGAAAAAGAGCCAACUCCUGCCCCGACGGCGGCGGAGUACGUUCCGAUGACGAGCGAUUCGCCGUCAAUGACGGACGCUCUCCGCAAAAGCUAUCGAGGCUCGACCAAGAAGAAAGUAAAGCCGCAGCCUCCGCGGCCCAAGAGUAGUCAGUUUUACGUGGAGCUUUCUGCCUGGGAAUCCCUUGUGGAGUCGUCACCGACAUCGACGAUGUCGCCGUUGGAUAACGCCUGUAAAUACGAGUUUAACCGGACUAGGAGUUGUAACGGGACUGUGUUGUCCGGUGGUGCUGGUGGGCCUAAGCGCUUCCCGUCGCCUGUCGUGGUGGAUUGUGCGAAUAAUAAUCCUCGUGAGAUUCGAAGGUACGGGCUUACGUUCUCCUGUCUCCACGCUUUCCUCCUUUUUUCCUCCUCGUUGUUGUCUCUCGCUGCCACCAGUUCCAUCGACGACGUUGAGGUGGUGGUCAUCGAAGCGAAUGUUCUGGUCAAAGCUGUUAGGCAGGCAAGAAAGACCCGACAGAGUGUCUAUAAUUAUGUUUGA